AUGGCUGGAGCACGCAGAUGGAUCGGAUUGGAGGCCCUGGAAGCAGGGUACAGCGCGGCGUGUGGGGAGAUUUUGGGUUCCAGGAUUUCGGGAUACUCUAUGUACACCGACAGCAUGUGUGUACAUAACUCCACAAACCGUACGUUUGGUUGGGCAAGAUCCUGAGUUAAAACAUUUCCUUUUCUUUCUCCAAGUGCGGUUUUC